UCAGAUUAAACCUAUUCAAAUCUUUUUUGUUUUCCUUCUUCUAUUUUCAUAUUCUAUAUCCCUCUCUCCACCCCCAAAACCAUGGCCACUUCACUCAAGGCACCCUCCACUGCACCUAUGCCUUUGCAUUCUAAGCAAUCAACCAACCCUAAGGAAGAGUUGAGCACUAGACAUUACUCCGAUGACCUCGUCACUGGCCAUAUUUACGCCAAACAUCGUGACGAUGAUACUGUCAAAAUUGAUCUUCCGAAUUACAUCUCAGUUAUUGAGAACAUUAUCGAAAUUGCUGAUCAAAUUACCGAUAAUGUCCAUCGAGGAAUUGAGUGGCGUAUGACACGUUCUGAUGCAGCUUUGACAACUAGUAAUGUUGUGAUCGAGCCUCCACUUUGUAUUCUUCAUCGUAUCUCUAGCCAGUUGUCAUGCAAGGCUCCCGGUAUAGAAAAAGCACAUGAGACCACACUACAAAUCUUUGAAACAUUAGCAAAUUAUCCAUGGGAAGCCAAAGCAGUUCUCACUUUGAUAGCCUUUGCAACUGAUUAUGGAGACUUAUGGCAUCUUCACCACUAUUCCCAUGUUGAUCCAUUAGCAAAAUCUUUGGCAAUUAUAAAAAGAGUAGCUUCUUUGAAAAAGCACCUAGACUCACUUCGAUAUCGACAAGUGAUUCUCAACCCCAAAAGUCUAAUCCAAAGCUGCUUACAAGCAAUCAAACACAUGAAUGAGAUUAAAGAAUUUUCUAAAUAUGAUGUGAAGGAACUUCCUGAAUUGCCUUCUGCUCUUCGUCAAAUCCCAUUGAUUACUUAUUGGGUUAUACACACAAUUGUUGCAGCUAGAAUUGAGCUCUCCACCUACCUCAGUGAAACUGAGAAUCAGCCACAGAGAUAUUUGAAUGAAUUAUCUGAAAAAAUGGCCAUUGUACUGGCUGUGCUUGAAAAGCAUCUAGACGCCAUCCGAGAACAACAUGAGGAGGUUGAUCUGUACCGAUGGUUGGUUGAUCACAUUGAACAUUAUCAGACUGACAUUACAUUGGUACUUCCCAAGCUGCUUAGUGGCAAACCUGAAACCAAACCCCUUUUUGAUGGCUCUUCUUUAAAAGAGGUUACCGUUCACGAAAGUUUGUUGGGAAAGAACGUGAUAUUGGUAAUUUCUGGGUUGGAUAUCUCCGUUGAUGAUCUAACUGCUAUUCAUCAAGUUUACAGUGAAUUGAAAGCUAGAGAUGCAAACUAUGAGAUAAUUUGGAUUCCAAUAAUCCCAGAGCCUUAUCAAGAAGAAGAUCGGAAGAGAUAUGAAUAUUUGCGAUCUACAAUGAAAUGGCAUUCAGUAGAGUUUACUACAAAGAUAUCUGGGAUGAGAUAUAUUGAAGAAAAAUGGCAACUUAGAGAGGAUCCAUUAGUUGUGGUGUUAAACCCACAAUCUAAAGUGGUAUUUGCAAAUGCAAUUCAUCUAAUUCGAGUUUGGGGAACUGAAGCAAUUGAUUUUACACAUGAUAGAGCCAAAGCUUUGCUAAGAAGAAAUUGGCCUGAUUCCACUCUCCUCAAAUUCACUCACCAACCAAGACUUCAAAAUUGGAUAAGGCAAGAGAAAAGCAUCCUAUUCUAUGGAGGAAAAGACUCAAAGUGGAUCCAACAAUUUGAAGAGAGGGCUGACAUUUUGAAAAGUGAUCCUUUGAUAAUGGAUGGAGGUUCAUUUGAGAUUGUACGAAUUGGAAAAGAUACAAAAGGAGAGGAUGAUCCAUCACUCAUGGCUCGUUUUUGGACAACACAAUGGGGUUAUUUUGUAGUGAAGAGCCAAAUAAUAGGUUCAAGUGCAAGUGAAACAACCGAAGACAUUUUAAGAUUGAUAUCAUACCAAAAUGAAGAUGGUUGGGUUGUUCUAGCUGUAGGAACAGCCCCAGUGCUGGUUGGUCGUGGGAUUUUGAUAUUGAAAUUACUUGAAGAGUUCCCGAAAUGGAAGCAAAGUUUGAGGAUAAAGGCUUUCCCUGAUGUGUUUAGAGAAUAUUUCAAUGAAUUGGCUCUACAGAGUCAUCAAUGUGAUCGAGUAAUUCUUCCGGGAUUUAGUGGAUGGAUUCCGAUGAUUGUGAAUUGUCCUGAAUGUCCUCGUUUCAUGGAGACUGGUAUUAGCUUCAAGUGUUGCCACGGAGGUGCUCAUAUGUGAAAGGGGAUUUGAUUGAGUGAAAGGUGAUGGAAUUCAUGUUUUUUAUGUUAUACUAUUAUUAUUACUAUUACUAUAUUACUAAAAUGAAAGAUGUUCCAUUUGGUUAUUCUAUAUGAAUUUAUAUUAAAAUCUCGAGUCCAUCAGGUCUCGUUGUUAUCAUUUGAUAUGCUUUUGUACGAUCGAUUAUUAAUUAUGAUAUAAAAUGAUCAUUAGAUCUUUCCUUAAUCUCAA